GGGAUGUGCUUUUUGACUGCUGUCAUUUGAAUGAACGAAGGAAAUGAACCCAUAGAUGAUUACACAUCAAUGAAUGAACCACAUGAAUCAAUCGGAUAGUUUCUAAAAAUACAUGAUUUCAAAUCAUAAAAAAUAUUGAUAAUAAUAAACAAAAAUCCAAAAAUUAAACCGAUGAACAGCAGAUGACAAUGACAGUUCCACAGUAAACUGUUGUCAAAUAAUCACUGCUGCUGCUGCUGCUCAUUUAUUUAGUUGUUAUCGUCUAUUGUGGUAUUUUUGUGAAAAAGUGCUAGAAACCUGUGCUGAUGUGCUUAUAACAUAACGUUAAAGUGAAAAGACAAAAUGUCAGAAUCCUCGAAAUCAAAAUCUUUAAAUUUAAAUCCGUCGCCCACUUUACAAUGCAAAGAUCUCCACGAAUAUCUGAAAAGUCGGUCUGCUCAGUUUUUAGAGACUUUAUAUAAUUAUCCUACGAUAUGUCUUGCAGUUUACCGAGAGUUACCGGAGCUAGCGCGGCACUUUGUAAUCAGGCUGCUGUUUGUAGAGCAACCGGUACCACAGGCGGUCGUCACGUCGUGGGUGUCACAGACAUUCGCCAAAGAGCAAGCCAAAGCUUGUGAGGCGUUAUCAGAGCUGUCAGUAUGGCAGGAGGCUCCUAUACCCGGAGGCAUGCCUGGCUGGAUGCUGGCACAGUCCUUCAAGAAAAACCUCAAAGUAGCUUUGCUUGGAGGUGGUCGUGCUUGGAGCAUGUCUUCUUCCUUGGAGCCGGAUGGUAAGGCCCGUGACGUGGCUUUCUUGGAUGCGUAUGCACUGGAGCGCUGGGAGUGUGUAUUGCACUACAUGGUGGGGAGCGCUCAGACCGAGGGGAUCAGUGCUGAUGCUGUUAGGAUACUGCUGCAUGCUGGACUCAUGACCAGAGAUGCGGAGGACGGGUCGGCUGUUAUUACUCGCGCUGGGUUCCAGUUUCUACUAUUAAGUACUGCUAAACAAGUGUGGCUGUUCCUACAACAUUACUUGCACACGGCGGAGAAACGGAGCCUGAGUGCAGCGGAGUGCCUCGCCUUCUUAUACCAACUUAGUUUUAGCACACUUGGCAAGGACUACAGCACAGAAGGAAUGAGUAACAACAUGCUGGUAUUCUUGCAGCAUUUGAGAGAGUUUGGACUUGUUUAUCAAAGAAAGCGCAAAGCAGGUCGUUUCUACCCGACUCGUCUCGCUCUGAACAUAGCGCAGGUCCGCGGAGGGGGGGCGGCGCCGCUGGCUGCGCCGGCGCAGGCGCGCGGGUACAUCGUGGUGGAGACCAACUACAGAGUCUACGCCUACACACAGACCAACCUACAGGUGGCACUGCUCGGCCUGUUCACGGAGCUCAUGUACAGGUUCCCUAACUUAGUAGUAGGAGUACUGACUCGCGAGUCAGUCCGGCAGGCGCUGCGCGGCGGUAUCACUGCCGAGCAGAUCAUCCACUACCUCGAGCAACACUCACAUCCACAGAUGUUGAAGUCGGAGACAGGCGGUAUCAGGACGAGCUCGAUGCUCCCCCCCACGGUGGUGGACCAGAUCAAGCUGUGGGAGACUGAGAGGAACAGGUUCACGUACACCGAGGGAGUCGUCUACAAUCAGUUCCUGUCACAGGCAGAUUUCGUGGUACUCCGCGACUACGCGAAGCAGCAAGGAGUGUUGACCUGGCAGAACGAACGCUCGCGAACGAUGGUCGUCACACGACACGGACACGAUGAUGUCAAGAAGUUCUGGAAGCGAUACUCUAAGAGCUCUUAGAUAAUGAAUCAUAGAUAUAUUGUGCUUAGAAAUCGUGAAACAAAUGAAUGAAGUCACCCGACUUGUAAAGACUGCUAAAAGCUUAACGUGGACUUGUGAUGAUUUGUCUACAACAUACAACAACACAACAAGGAUUCAAUAGGGAUAGAAUGUUGUGAGUUGGCACCUGGGUGAAGCCGGGACGGAUUAAUAGAAAAUAAACAUCUAUAACAUUUUGUAAAUAAAACAAAUUGACAAUAAUUAAUGAAUAAAGCGUUGAAAUGAGUACCUCCUACAAGUGUGUGUAAAAAUUAAGUAUCUACACGGGUAAACAAGGAUGUUGGAAUACGAGUUUAGAAGGAUAUAUAUAGUAAUGUUUUCAUUUCUUCAUUGAUCGGGUUCUCGCAGCCUACAUAUUGUAUUACAUUACACUAAUAACCUCCGUACCUCAGCCUUACACAGAGAUGGCGAACGUUUAAGCAUCGACGCACCAUUAUGCCAUCCAAUUCUCUUGUCCUUUGUUGGAUUAUAAAUAGAUCUUGCAACAAAAUGCGUUCUAAACUGGAGUUAUAUAAUUAUGUUUCAUGAAGUAUUUAUUUGCGUCUGAAAUAAAUUGCUGGCAGACAUUAGGCAAAUUUUGUGAUUAGUGAUAUGCUCAAAUAUUGUGAUGCUUGCCAAAUAAUUCGCCAUCCCUGGCCUUAACCUUCGGAGAAUUAACGCCAUUAUACUAUGUUUAUAUUUUAAUUGAAAAUGUGAUCUAGUUAAUGUUGUAGUGAAUAAAUUAUGGCGUGUUAAUGAUGCUGAGAUUUAUAAUGUAUGUGUGUUUGUGUUGAAUAGGUCUCGUUGUUUGCGUGAAUACUAAAUAGUUCUGAUAUUAGCGCUGUGCGUUAGUACCUAUGUUGUAUUGUACCUAAAUCUGUAAAUAAACUUUUAUACAUUGAAA